AAUCCCACAACAGUGAAACAGAAACCCUAGCGGAGAUGACAACUAAUCCUAUAGCUCCACCUCUUAAGAAAAUAAAGAAGAUGAAGAAGCCUCCAUCGUUUUCAUCAAUUCCAGAUGAUGUCAUUGUGAACAUCUUAGCUCGGAUCUCGAAAUCUCACUACCGUUCCCUCUCCUUAGUCUCCAAGCACUUAAACUCUCUUCUCUCUUCUCCAGAUAUCUACUUUGCUCGAUCCCUAAUCGGUAACACAGACGCUCGCCUCUACAUGUGCCUAUGGCUACCCACUCCCUCCUCCAGUCAUCGUGACAGAUGGUUCAAUCUCAGCUACCGUCUGGGUCAGUUAACUUUAGUACCGGUAAGAGCACUCUCUUCCUCGUACUCUCCCGACCGGUUAAGCUCAACCACCGUAGCCGUACAUUCCGAAAUCUACCAGAUGGGAGGAAGCAACGGGGACAAGCGGACCAGAGCCGUUAGAGUUCUUGAUUGUCGGAGUCACACGUGGCGUCGCGCUCCCGACAUGAAGGUGGCAAGGAAACACGCAAGGUCUUAUUUUUUAGAUGAGAAGGUAUAUGUAAUAGGGGGAUGCACACAAAGAGAGGAAACAAUGACAUGGGGUGAGGUUUUCGACCUGAAGACUCAGACUUGGAAGCCAUUGCCUAAGCCUCCCAGCGAUGAUGACGUCAAUUCGUAUCACAACGGUGUAGUUUUUGAAGGAAGGCUAUUCUUUUUCACCACGAAAAAAAACAACAAGAACUAUGCAUAUGAUCCGAAAGAAGGAAGAUGGGUACAAGAGGCGGGGUUUGUGGGUCUAGAAGGUAUGACUGGACCUUGGUGCGUUAUAGGAAGUGUAAUAUUUGCUGAGCAUGGCGGUAUAUUCAAGUGGUAUGACCCAAGGAAUGGAAAGUGGUUAGAGGUUCAUGGUUUGAAUGAGGUUCACACGAAACGUGCUAAAAGUUCCAGAACGAUUCAGUUAGUUAACCAUGGUGGGAAACUGGUAAUAAUAUGGGAUGCGUGGCAUAUGCGUCAGAGGGAACACAAAAGUGUUUGGUGUGCGGUGAUUAGCCUUGAGAAAUGUUUGUUUCCAUCAAGUUAUAUGCGGGGGAGGGUGGAAGAGUGCAGAGUUUUUUUGGGUUUAGCCCACAAGUCAUAUAAGCUCUCAAGCUGCCUAUCGGUUUUGGUCUAAUACUCAUAUUAUUAUUUUUUUCCAACAUAUAUUAUUUCUAAUAAGAUGCGAUUAUAUUUCUUAUAAUAUUGUUGUUGCAAUUGGUGUUGUAUUGUUUGUAUGUUAUCUUCUUUUAACAUAUG